AUGACAGAAAAUAAUAAUAUAGAAAACAAUAGCAUAGAAAACAAUUCUGUAGAAAAUCAUGAUUUAGACAAUAAUAAUAAUACUAAUAAUAAUAGUAAUAAAGACAAUAUUCCAUCUUUAACAUAUUUUAAUUCAAGAGGCCUUGCUCAAUUUAUUAGAGUACUACAUGCCUAUUUAAAUAUACCAUACAAUAAUAUAGUAAUAGAUACCAUAGAUGAUGUAUUAAGAGUUCAAUUACCAUACUCUCAAUUACCAAUUUAUCGAGAUGGUCCAGAUUUUAUAUUGGCACAAUCUUCAGUUAUUGCAAAAUAUGUUGCAGCUAAACAUAAUUUUUUAGGAAAAUCAAUUCAAGAACAAUAUAAAAUAGAUGAAGUUGUUACAUUGAUAGUUGCAGAUUUAUUUGGAAUUUUACAAACUAUUAGAAAAGGUAUUGAUAAAGUAUUUGGAUCAUUAGAAAAUAAAUAUAAUAAAAGUAAAUUCUUGGUUGGGGAUGAUUAUUCAUUAGCAGAUCUAUAUGCAUAUGUAUCAUUUGAUUAUACAAUUUUUUUAGGUAAAAUUAGUGCUAGCGAAGCUUCAGAGAAAUUUGUUAAACUAGAAGAAAAUAAAAAUCAUUUUGAAAGUAAUCCAGGGGUUAUAGAAUAUAUUAAAAAUAGACCAGAUACCAAGUUUUAG